GAUUUUUUGGUUUUGUUUUCUAGAACGACUAUUUGCAAUCUCUACACGAUGCCACGGAUCGGGGAGCCUGUCUGGCUUACCAUGAUGUCGGGGACACCAGAAAAGAACCAGCUUUGCCAUCGCUUCAUGAAGGAGUUCACUUUCCUGAUGGAAAACGCUUCUAAAAACCAGUUUUUACCAGCUUUGCUGACUGCAGUCCUGACGAACCACCUGGCCUGGGUCCCCACCGUCAUGCCCAACGGGCAGCCGCCCAUAAGGAUCUUCCUGGAAAAGCAUUCUUCCCAGAGCGUGGACAUGCUGGCCAAAACCCACCCCUACAACCCGCUGUGGGCACAGCUCGGUGACCUGUACGGGGCUAUCGGAUCGCCCGUGAGGUUAGCGAAGACGGUUGUGGUCGGCAAAAGGCACGACCUGGUACAGAGGUUGCUUUAUUUCCUCACUUACUUCAUCAGAUGCUCUGAACUUCAAGAGACGCAUCUUCUAGAAAAUGGGGAAGACGAAGCCAUCGUCAUGCCUGGAACUGUUAUAACGACCACGCUGGAGAAAGGAGAAGUAGAAGAAUCUGAGUAUGUGCUCGUCACGAUGCACAAGAACAGGGGCAACUUGCUACCAACGGAGUCUGAAGAAGCGAGAAGCCCCAACUGUAGCUGUAAAUAUUGCAAAUGUCCCAUUUCCCUCGCACAAAACACAGAAAGUGUUUCACAGCAAGAGAGAGAAGAUGCACAAAACGCUCCUAAUGUAGAGCUGGAAUCUUCCUCGGAGGACAACAGAACUAUAGUUCCAGACGACUGCCAGGAAGAUGCUGGUGACGUCAAGCAACCGAGACCCUGCCCAGAUGCAAAACUGGAGACGGUGGCGUGCGCGGGGUCAGCUUCACCAGAGAAACGUGUGGUCACGGAACCUGGUUUGGAGCCAGCAGCGAACACGUGGAGCAGCGAGGAUUCGCUGGAGUCGGGCAGCCAGCCGGUCGGGGUGACAAGGUCACCCGGUAUCGCCGUGGAGAAGAAGCCGCCGGAUAAGCUCUUCUGCGACGCAUUUCCUUGCGGCACCGCAGAAGCUCAGACGAAGGUGACUUUCCUCAUCGGAGAUUCCAUGUCCCCGGAUUCAGACAUUGAGCUCCGAAGUCAGGCGGUGGUGGAACAAAUUGCCAGGCAUCACAGCCCGCCGGCAGCGGAGGAAGGAGCGUCUGCUGAUCAGAGCUGUGAAGCUAAACAAACUGUUGAGGACCAAAAUAGAGACUGUGGGACAGCUGAACCCUUUCCUCAAGCUGCUCGUGAGCAUCAGAGCUGGAAUCCAAACGCGUACAACGCGGAGAGCAUGAGUCUGUUCGACGAGUAUUUUACUGACGACAGCUCAGUUGAAACCCGGACUAUUGAUGAUAUUCCAGGACAAGCAGCGACAGACCUUCUUGCUCACAACAGUAGUUUAGAGUUUUCUAAAAAGCUGUGUACAAAGGCUAGCAAACCACCUAGCGAGUUUUGUAGAUUUAUGGACUCUGUUCGGCAAGAGACCUACAAAAACUGCUUUAAUGAGCAGGACCAAAGAGAGAAAAUCUCUAUUCGUGUCCCCCAUGGGGAUAGAGAAAACGUAGAGAAAAAAGUCGCCCCGGGAAUUGACUGGGACAUUCCAAGAAAUGAGAGUUCAGACAGUGCCCUGGGUGACAGCGAAAGCGAGGAUACAGGUCACGACCUGGCUAGACCAAGCAGUAACUAUUAUGGAGGAGAGCAAGAGGACUGGGCAGAAGAAUUUGAGAUUCCUUUUCCUGGGUCAAAAUUAGUUGAAGUGAACUCUGUCCAGCCCAGUAUUGCCAAUUUUGGAAGAUCCUUGCUAGGUGGCUACUGUUCAUCUUACGUCCCUGACUUUGUUUUGCAAGGAAUAGGAAAUGAUGAAAAGCUGAGGCACUGUUUGGUGUCAGAUUUGUCUCAUGCUGUGCAGCAUCCUGUUCUGGAUGAACCGAUCGCAGAAGCCGUCUGCAUUAUUGCAGACACGGACAAAUGGACGGUGCAAGUGGCCAGUAGCCAGAGACGGAUGAUUGAUAAUAAGCUGGGAAAAGAAGUUUUAGUCUCAAGUCUUGUCUCCAACCUGCUUCAUUCCACUCUGCAGCUUUACAAGCAUCACUUAUCUCCAAACUUUUGCGUUAUGCACCUGGAGGAUCGGCUGCAGGAGCUCUAUUUCAAAAGCAAGAUGCUGUCCGAGUAUCUGAAGGGCCAGAUGAGAGUUCACGUCAAGGAGCUGGGUGUGGUGCUGGGGAUUGAAUCCAGCGACCUCCCUUUGCUGGCAGCUGUAGCGAGCACUCACUCUCCGUACGUUGCCCAGAUCCUACUUUAA